AUGGCUACCAAGGAACGCAGCCUUCCCAUGGGGAAGAUCGAGCCUAAUACAGGCAAAUAUUUCGUUAAUUGUGCCCUAGGAGGCAUUAUCGGACCUACCCAUACAUCUGUCACACCACUUGAUCUGGUCAAGUGUCGCCGUCAGGUUGAUCCCAAGAUCUACACCUCGAAUAUCUCAGCAUGGCGCUCUAUCUUCGCGAAGGAAGGACUACGCGGAGUAUUCUUUGGUUGGUCUCCAACAUUCAUCGGGUACUCCUUCCAGGGCGCAGGUAAAUAUGGAUUCUACGAGUACUUCAAGUAUCUAUACGGCGACCAAAUGUUCCCCAGCAUGAACCGCACGGUGGUAUACCUAGGUGCCAGUGCAUCGGCCGAAUUCAUCGCAGACAUGGCCCUCUGCCCCUUCGAGGCGAUCAAGGUGCGCAUGCAGACGACUCUGCCGCCCUUUGCGCAAACGAUGCGCGAAGGCUGGAGCAAGAUCGUUGCCCAGGAAGGAUUCGGCGGUCUGUAUAAGGGACUGUAUCCACUUUGGGCGCGACAGAUCCCUUACACUAUGACCAAGUUCGCGACCUUUGAGGAGACGGUCAAUGCCAUCUAUAAGACUUUGGGUAAACCGAAGGACAGCUGCAGUGGACUGCAGCAGACGGGAAUCAGUUUCAUGGGCGGUUACAUUGCUGGCAUUUUCUGUGCGAUUGUCAGCCACCCGGCUGAUGUUAUGGUUAGCAAGCUUAAUGCGGAUCGUCAGGCUGGUGAGUCAGCCAUGAAGGCUGUAUCCCGCAUUUAUGGAAAUAUCGGAUUUUCGGGCCUAUGGAACGGUCUUCCCGUCCGUAUCGUCAUGCUGGGUACACUGACUGGAUUCCAAUGGUUGAUUUAUGACUCGUUCAAGGUGUUCCUUGGUCUUCCGACCACUGGUGGGCAUUAA